CUCGUCGCCGCUUUUCGUAGAUUUCGCUUCGCAGCGAAGAUAUCUACGGAGUUCCGUUAGGAUCCCAAUCAAGAGGCCCAUAGGCACAGGUCUCUCGUUCGCCGAUGGAAGUGGACACGGAGAACGUCGCGAUGGACGACACGGACGCGCUGGUGCCGCUGAUGAGAGCCGACAACGGCGGCGGCGUCGUCAACAAUAAUGUCAACGAUAACGAUGACGCGCCCACCGUUGAGGAAACCUACGAGAUCACCACCACCAGACGCAAGACCAUUCGCACCAGCUACAAAAUUCAGGAGACUUCUUCGUCGACCAAGACAACCACCAUGACGACAGCGGCCAAGCUGUACGGCAAGGAUCUGAGCGAGUAUGACGACAUUGACGUGGACACACUGCUGGCGGAGCUCACGCCGGAGGAGCUCAAUAUAUUGGCCAAGGAAGUGGAUCCCGACGACAGCUUUAUGCCACCGUCGCAACGUUGCAGUUAUGAAUGCACUAAGAGUCCUACAGGGCCACUGAAUCGCAAGAAACUCAUUGAGCACAUCAACAAACAGGCUCUAGAGACACCUGAUAUUCCAGAACUGAAACCAUAUGUACCUGGUGUAGUUAGGGGCAAAAAAUGGGUACCUCCACCACAAGAUAACACCAAAGAAAAGGAGGCGGAUGAACAGAUUGCGAUAGAUCUCGGGGAAGAGUAUGAACAAGCGCUUUCGGCCGCCACCCAAGAAGAAAUCAUUGAUCUUGCUGCUAUCCUCGGAUUCCAUUCUAUGAUGAAUCAAGAUCAGUAUCACGCAUCUCUACUGAAUUCCGGACAGCCAGUCGGACUCGGUUGGGACGGAGUGACAAAAGCUAGUCAGCCGAAAGUUUAUCCGAUGGAACCGCCUAACGACACGGACGUUGACGCUACCAUUAAACAAGUGCGGAACGAUGAGUCGUCUUUGACUGAUUUAAAUUGGAACAAUAUUAAAAAUAUUUCGGACGAAAAAUUCAUGCAGUUGUUCGAAGGUUUGGAAAUGAACACGCAUCUCGAGUCGCUGAGUUUAACCAAUGUUGGACUCAAUGACAAGACUGCGCAACGACUGGCCGAUGCCAUGGAGAAGAAUUCGACACUCAGAGUACUCAACGUGGAAACGAAUUUCAUAAGCCCGCCUGUGAUAGUAAGGCUGAUCAGGGCCCUUCUUAAAACAAAGUCCAUUGAAGAAUUCCGAUGUUCGAAUCAGAGGUCACAAGUAUUGGGUAACAAGAUUGAGAUGGAAAUCACGCAGUUGGUAGAACAAAACCCGACGUUGCUGCGACUCGGGUUGCAUCUGGAGUUUAAUGACGCUAGACAUCGCGUGGCUGCGCAUCUGCAACGCAACAUCGAUAGGAUACGGCAGUCCCGGCUCGGGGUGGCGACAUCUUAACGCGAAGUGGCGUUCGCCUAGAUCGCCUGUGCCGCACGGGAAGAGCUUCCCGUAACUACACCAUCGGCUGGGCCAUACACUGAUGAUGAUCGCCACGACGAUGGCAACGACGACGACGACGGCGACGAUGACGACGACAACGACGACGACGAAGAUGACGACGGUAAAGCGCACCGCGCCGCAAAACGGCCUCCACGGCUGCUUACACACACACACACACACACACACACACACACACACACACACACAUACACACACACACACGUAUAAGGAUACACGUCAUUACGCGGCGCAGCGUCGAGAAUCCUUGGGGAAGUCCUUCGGAAGUAUAGAAUUGUUGUACUCGCGGAACGCGAGAUCCUCUGAAAUCCGCAUUAACGGACACAGUCGAAAUCAUUCGAUAUUAAUUCGCGGAGGAAAAGUCGGAAGUUUCGCAUGACAAAUUAUACGUGGGUGUCUCUCGUCUUUGUUGUUCUAAAUAAAUAUAUAAAUAUAUAUACAUACAUUUAUAUAAAUAUAUAUUCCUGCAUCACAUACAGAAUUAUAACGCGCGAAAGAUACUCCAAUGACGCGUCAUGAUGUAAUAAAUUUAGAUCGAAUAAAUAUUGAUAAUGUUAAUUGAUAGAUAUAUAUAUAUAUACAUAAACGUCGCGACGUAUAUAUAAUUGUUAAGUCGUCGGAGAUGAAUUUCAUAAAAGGAACGACAAGGGGGAAAUAAACGUGAGAGGAGCCAAAGGGACAACCUUUUGAUAUAUGAUAUAUGGGCCAUUCGCUUUAAACGGCUACUUAACCGGAUUAUUUAAAUAUUUAUACACGGAGGGAAGAGGAGUUCUUUUAUUAAUUAAUUCGACCAAACUUUCGACCGAGCGUGACCGAGCGAUCGGGUACAAACUGUUCUGUGUUCUCCAUCUCUUUCUUCUUUUGUCAAACCUACCUUUCUUUUUCCUCGCUGCCGUCUAGAUAGAGCGAUUCGUUCUUUUUUACGCGCCAAUAUGCGAUUAGCUAUGUCCAAAUAAUUUUAACGCGUUGCUGCGGCGGAAAUAAAAUUUUUUGCUAUUUUUUUAAAUUUUAAAAAUUUUCUGAUGUUCUUUAACCAUCUUUAUAUUGUUUUUUUUUUAAUUAUUGAUCACUUAAGUGACAACUGUUGACGAGAUUAAUAUUGCUCUAGAACGCGAUGUGGCGUGACAAUACCUAAAGUUAAUUAAUUAAUUACAAAUAUACAAAUUUUUUAUUAGACGUAAAUGAAGAACGAUACCACCGACCCGAUCGUUCCGCUCGGCAUGCAAUGUCACUGUAAUAUUCACUAAGGUACUAACUCGUCGUUUAAAUUAAUAAUAAUUUUAGCAUAUACAAUGUAUACAAUCAAUCUGUACAUAUUGUCUUCAAUGUCGUUUCUAAUCGAUCGAUGUGACCUACGUGUUGUAACGAGAGAGAGAAUGGAAUUUGUUACAAUUAAAUCGCGCGCGCGCGCGCGCGAGAGGGAGAAUGGCAUAAAUUGUCUCUGCGUGCAUGCGGGUGCGAAUGAGAGGGAGAGAAAGGCACGGGAAUGACGUGGAUGAAGAUAAUUAUGCGGAGAAGUCUCACUGAUUUAGAUUGUUAGUCCGUCGUACAUGUGUAAUCAAGUUCACGAAAAUAAAUUCGCGUAGAUCAAAAAGUAUGCCGCUGUUUAACAGAAUCGUAGAACUGUAGAGAAAAAUCGUGUACCCUCACGCUUUCCGUGAGGAUAUGACGUCAAUCCUGGAAUUGUCGCGCAAUUAACUCGACGGAAUAUAACUUAAGUAACCCGUACUGUCUUUGCACUUUUGGACGACGCGUGCCGACUUUUUAGUUCCAUCGAUAUUCCAAGAAUUCUCUUUCGAGUUUACCGAACGCUCGGGUUCUUCCCGCGUGUUCUACGCUUUUCCAACGUGUAAAUUUCUUCUUGAUAAGCGUAAGUGGUAACAAAUUAGCGCUAAGGCAGAAGAAAAAAAAAGGGAGAUAUCGGUAACGAAAGACUAUUGUAGUUUUUGGUUCGCACGUAGCCUUCCGGUGGUCUUCAUUGUAAAACGUGUUAUUCGCAUAUUAUGUACUCUGUCACAUUACAUAUACACGUACAACACUACGGAACCCAAAUGCACGCGCACGAUCAAAGCCUUGCUGCCUAAGCCUUAUCUUGUAACACGAGGUUUAAAAUAAACUGCUGAAAAAAACGUA